CACGGAUUGAUGUGAGUCAUUUCUAAAGACUGUGGAGCUUUUGAAGAGGAAGUUAAGGGAGGGACACGACAGAAUAAAAGUGGAUUACUAAUCAGGCAGAUUCACACAACGUACUAGGAUGGAUUCUCAUUGCCAGUACAACACUUUCCGAAGGAUUUGUCAGCUGACUGAAACAAGGAGAUUCCAGAACCAUCGGAUGCACCUGGCAGCAUUCACUGCAAUCUUGGGAAACUUGAGCUUUGGCUAUGCCCUGGUCUACACUUCCCCUGUCAUUCCAGAGCUGGAGCAUUCUCUCGACCCACAGCUUCGACUUGAUAACUACAACGCCUCCUUUUUUGAGUCCAUCUUCACCUUGGGCGUUAUAUUUGGAGGGCUCACCACCAUGCUCCUCAAUGAUCUCCUUGGACGGAAGCUGACCAUCAUGUUGUCCAGUGUGCCCUCCGUUUUGGGAUUUGCCAUCAUGGGCAGUGCCCAGGUGGUAUGGAUGCUGGACCUGGGUCGGGCAUUGACAGGGAUUGCAGGGGGAAUGUUAUCAGGCACUGUUCCGAUAUACAUUGCGGAGAUCUCCGUGGCCAAGAUAAGAGGGAGAAUGGGAGUUGGACCCCAGAUCAUGCUUGUGCUUGGAACACUACUACUGUACGCACUGGGCCUGGUCCUCUCCUGGCGAUGGCUAGCUAUUGUUGGUGCCUUUAUCCCCACCCUCAUGAUCACUCUCAUGUACUUCAUGCCGGAAUCUCCUCGUUAUUUAAUCUCCAAACACCGCUACAGUGAAGCGAUGGAGGCACUCGCUUGGCUUCGUGGUCCUGAGGCCAAUUACCGACUCGAGUAUACAGAGAUCGAGGACUCGCUCAGCAGCUCUGUCAGUCGGUUUUCAUGUUCUGAAUUAAGUCAACGCCACAUCUACAAGCCCAUGCUGAUUUCAGUCUUCAUGAGGGUCUUCCAGCAGCUCAGUGGAAUCACAGUUGUCCUUGUCAACAUGCAGAUUAUCUUUGACAGUACCCCUGUCAUUCUGGCAGGACGUUAUGAUGCUGUGCCUGUGGGGGUUGUUCGAUUCUUCUCUGUCUUGUUAGCUGCCUGGCUAAUGGACAAAGCUGGAAGACGGAGACUUCUCUUUGUCUCAGGUAUAAUCAUGUCCAUCUCAAUGUUGAGUCUCGGAGUCUACGUCAAAGUGAGUGAAUUAAAACAUAAUCAAACCAGCACCAAUAUGCCCUUUGAGAACACAGCCCAUUUAACAGCUGAGCAUCUACUUCAACACAAAACGACAGAAUGGUCAACCAUCAUUCCCCUCAUCAGUGUCAUGGUUUUCAUUUUUGGCUAUGCCUUCGGCUGGGGACCAAUCACCUGGCUGAUGAUGUCGGAGAUCCUUCCACUCAAAAUCCGCGGGUUCGCAUCGGGCGUAUGUGUGUCUGUCAGUUGGAUCACAGCCUUCAUCUUAACAGAAUUCUUCUUACAAGUGAAGCAUACCUUUGGACUUGCUGUUCCUUUCCUGUUCUUCUGUGCCAUAUCCAUCCUGGGGAUAAUAUUUACCGCUUUCUGUAUUCCUGAAACAAGGAGGAGGACCUUGGAACAAAUUCAAGACUCUUUCCAGAAUCCGAGAGCACUUGGUUGUUGAGACCAACUGACAAGGCAAACAGACUUUGAUUAGCUAAACAAAGUCCUACCAUUAAGCCUCCUCAUUGCUCACUGAAGCUAUGAGGACAGACUAAUCCUGCUGUACGAUGAUUUUAUUUAACACUUUCAGAUGGUUCAGAGGCAAACGUAGAUAUCCAUUCCCAUGUCUCUCCAUUGCCCCCAUCAAACACUCCUGGGACAGGGACAGCACAGAAUUAUAUACAGAUUAAAGCUCUUUCUACACUUUCCCAAGCACUCCCAGGACAGGGGCAGCUCAUGGUCAGAUGCAAAGUAAAGUUCCUUCUACACUGUCCCCCAUCAAACCCUCCCAGGAUUCGGACAGCAGUGUUAGAUACAGAGUAAAGCUUUCUCUAGACUGUCCCCAUCAAACGCUCCUGGGACAGGGGCAGCAUUGGGUUAGGUACAGAGUAAAGGCCUCCCUACACUGUCUUCAAACGUUCCCAGGUUGGGUAACAUUAGAGAAAAACUUCUGGAACAGUUCAUAUUCUCCAGUGAGACAAUUCCAAAACCUGUGAAGGGAACAGAUGUGAUGGUUUGAAUAGUCCUUUCUCCUUCGGUGACAUUUCACUGAAGUUAGACAAAGGCUUUGACAAUGUCAAACCACAGCUAGUAUUUAUACAACUUCACAUCUGCUGCUGAACAAUAGUCUUUGAUAAUAAGGUUGUUUAAAAGGUUGCAUUCAUAAAUGUACUUAACUGUAACAAAA